UGAUUGAACAAUGUUAUCCAAAGAUAUUAGGCAAGUGAAGAUAUGGCAAAUGGGCAGGGUUCUUGCCUUUGCUUUGUACAAAUUGCCACUGUUAGUGCAUUUGUGUUUAUGUAUUCUAUGCUUCUAUGUUUCUAUGCAUGUAACUAUUGAGACAAAGCUAAUGGGAGAGGGGCGGGGAAGUUUGUACUUGUGUGACAAGCUGUUUAUGUUACUCAAUGACCCUGUGAAAGUGGAAUAGUAAGUUUCUUAUCUCUGGCAAGAAUGUGACUGGGGACUGCCAAGUCACAUGCCUUGGAUACAACGCUGUUUACAUGAGAUGGCAAGUGGCAACUGAAAAAGCUUUUGAGAAUACAUCAGUUUAUAGGCUACAGGCCUAUGCACACAGGAGUAGAGCCCCUGGACACAGAAUGUGAAAAAAGAAAACGGGACACAGCAACUUUUAUUCUCUUGACUUUUGCCAAUAGAGGAAAAUGGACUUAGUGAACUGAACUGAGAGAUUUUCCCUGUAACGUGCACGCUUGUAGGCUGCUUCUCUUACCAUGGCAGACUCCACAUUGGUUGAUCACAUGACUAGACUGAAACUGAAACUUCUGGAGAAGAGAUUAGAGAACGAACGUGAAAUGGCAGAGGAAGCUGGUGAAACUGAGCAUGAAACUGCAAGAAGCUACAAUGGACAUGAAGAAGCUCUGCAGUCAGCUUUACGAAGGAGGAAGGGUCUACUGCAUAAAUUACGUGAAGAGCAUCUUCUAGAAGAAAUUGCUCGGCCUCACACGUGGGAGGGCACACACCGAAAAAAAAAUUAUGUGGAACCCAUUCAUCAGAUAUCACCAAUGCACUUCCAUCACCAACUACCUCCUCGAGAGCCACCCAUACACUUUUAUCCACCUCCACCUCCACAAGAGCCACCCAGAAUCAUCCAGCAGCAGCUACCUCAGCCUCCAGCAACCAUAAUCCAGCAAUUACCACCACAGCAGCCCCUUAUUACUCAGAUACCCCAUCCUCAAUCACUACAGCCUGUCCGCUCUGGCAGCAUUAAGGAAGAUAUGGUUGAAAUGAUGCUUAUGCAGAAUGCUCAAAUGCAUCAGAUUAUUAUGCAGAACAUGAUGUUAAAAGCACUUCCUCCAAUGGCUCUGUCACAACCUGCAGGUGGUGUACCCUCAACACACACCUCAGCACUCCAGGACCCUAAUAAUGCUGGUCCUGUGGUCCUGAGAGCUGAAAAAAUGCGACCAUCCUCUGUGCACCAUCAUCACCACUACACCCCACCUAGCAUUCCUGGUGGGCCUCUUCCCAUGCAGCCAGGACCUGGAUAUCCAUUGUGGCCCCACAUGAUGCCAUCAAACACUAUGGGGCACAUGAAUUCAUUUCCUCCUGCUGUCCAUCAUGUUACUGGCCCAACUACCAUCCUGCCAGCCAUGCAGACUGUAGUGACAGAUGGAUUCCUCCCCAGAGUCCCGAGCGGCCUGUGAGACCGUGAGCUAAUAAGAAAAAAGUGCUUCCCAAAGCCAAAAUGCUGCAGAUCCAUUACUGGAUAUGAAGAAAUAUCAUGUACACUGGGCCAUGAAGAGUCCUAGGGAACAAAACCUUUUUUGGGAAAUUGGGGUUUUGUAAAACGAAUGGGCAUUCCGUGUGAGCUUGCUAGCAGGCUGCUAAUUUUCCAGCCAGACGUAUCUUAUAGCUCUAAAUGUUUCCUAUAACUCAAGUGACUUAAUCGGAUUUAUGAUUCAUUGCUUUAGAACCAGUUAUCCACCUAGUUUUAAUUCAUAUUUUCUAUUUUAGAAAGAAAUUUUACAUUAUUUAGAGGAAUUAUGAAGGAUCACCCGUGACAGCCUAGGGGUCCAUUUUUGUGGCCCGAACCAUAGGUUAAGGUCCCUGCUAUAAGUACUGUUGUACCAGCACACACAACAAAUUCUUUUUCUACAGAGAAAAUGUAGUUUGCAUAGACACAACAAGACACAACUACGAUUAACACUACAGAUCAUUAAAAUGCGAUACAAUAUGAUUUUCCGAUCAUACAACUAACUUUGUACUUUUUAAUACUAUCCAUUUUGCUAUAUAUUAUGAACUGUUCAUUUAAAUGUUGCACUAAAUACAUUUUUGUUUAUAUUACCUACAAAUAAGUACAAAAUUGCCAUGAACUGUGGUAUACUGUAACUAGGUGCUAUGGGCCGGUAAAUAAUUUUGUUAAGGAACCCCACAUUAUUACCCUCAGACACUAGUUACCCAAAUACCUAUCAGCUUCUGCAUUUUUUUUCUUUUAGGCAUAAAGUCUUAUUGCUUGAGCUGAUGGGACCCCAUCAGGUCCCCGUGGCAGGCUGCAGCAUUGAUCCCUGCAACCCAUGGGUAUAGCCCCUUUAGUUCAUUACAUUUGUUUUUGUCUUAUUAUUAGAUAAUAAAAUAUAAUAAAUA